AUGGUGUUAAUGCGCGCUGCUGCUGGUUAUGAUGCCAAUGGAAGUGGUGGUGGUCGCGGUGAUGGUGGUGGAUGUUUCACUGUGCUUAAUGGUGGUUGCGAAGAUGAUGAUGAAUCUAUGGAAUCAGGAACUGAUUCUAGUGACGAAAGUGAUGAUAUUUAUAGUCCUGAGUUAGAUAAAACCACUGGCAAUGACGAUUCUUCCAGCGGUUCAGAGGAGACCGGAUUGAGUGACGAGAAUGGUGGCAUAGACGAUCAACCUGCACGAGGUGAGGAAGCCUCAGGCACGGUUAUUUGGAGCACACCGAAUGAGUCGUUUGUUUCAAAAAAAUCGGUUAGUAACCACCGCGAAUGCAAAAUUGCACAAUAUAUGCCACUCAAGCCAGUGAAACGGGGCAUCAAAAUGUGGCUUCGCUGCGAUUCUUUGACCGGAGACACCUAUGACAUGAGUAUCUAUUGUGGAAAAGAAGAAUCUGUCCUUGAAGGGACACUCGGCGAACGAGUUGUGAAUGAUCUUGCAGCAACGAUUUCUAACCCUGACGUGACACUUUGCUUUGAUCGUUUUUUCACCACUGUUAAUCUUAUUAACAACAUACAAUAUCCAGCUUUGGGAACAUGCAUGUCCAACCGGAAGAAUGUUCCGAAAAUACCAGAAAAAUUGCAGCGAGGCGAAGCUAUUUUCAAAGUUAAUUCGGCGGGUACCAUAGCGGUAAAGUGGCAGGACGUCAAAGAGGUAAUGCUGCUCAGUAACUGCCACACAUCUGAAAUGAGCACUGUUAGACGCAAAAUGAAAGAUGGAACUGAGGCAGAGUUUCCAUGCCCUGACAUCGCAAAGACGUACCGCGCAAUAAUGGGCGGUGUGGACUUGGCAGAUCAAAUGUCGGGAUUGUAUGAUAUAAACAGAAAAUCAAAUAAAUGGUGGAAAAAAGUAUUUUAUCGUGGCAUGAUGAUGGCUGCUGUAAACACUUGGGUUAUAUAUUCGGAGCUGAAUAGGAAGAAACCUGCCUUCUUACCAGUGCUGGUCGAGAUUGCUGAGUCGCUAAUUGAAAAAGGAAAGGAAUCUACCGCAUAUAAACGAUCCCGUCGGUCAGGAAGAUCAUCGAAUAGGUACAAAUCAAUGACAAAUGUGGGGGAUCAUUUACCCAUAGAGCAGUCUAAAAGACGUCGGUGCGUAGCAUGCGCCAAUCAAAAAGUCGAGAAAAGAACAAAAAUUAUUUGCCGGGCUUGUAAUUUGCCAUUCUGUAUACAAUUUUUCGCUUCAUCACAUUCAUAA